AUAAAUUCAAAAGAAGGAUACCAACAUCUGAGCUCUCCCUCCACUCCUCCUUGAAGAAAGCAUGGCGAGACUUAUUAUUCCCACAGCUCUGGCAGUUCUGUUGACUCUGCACAUUGCCUCAUCAACCAGGCUGGUGUGCCACAUGACCAACUGGGCCCAGUACAGGCCUGGCAUUGCCAAAUUUACCUCGUCGAAUGUAGACCCCUUCUUAUGCACCCAUGUCAUCUACACCAUGGCCACCAUUAACAACUUCAACAAGCUCAUCCCUGUGGAGUUGAACGAUGACCAGCAGUACAGAAGCCUUAACAAUCUCAAGAGCAUUAAUCCUGCUCUAAUGACACUGCUGUCUGUGGGAGGUGUAGCCAAUGGCAUCAGCGUAUUCAUCCCAAUGAUUGCCAAGCCUGAGAGCCGUGCGGUGUUCAUCAAGUCUGCCAUCAGCUACCUCCGCACCCACAACUUUGAUGGUCUGAACCUCGCCUGGGAGUUCCCUGGACAGAAUGGGAGCCCACCUGAAGUCAAGGAGAGGUUCACUCAGCUGGUCAAGGAGUUGGACAAGGCAUUUCUGGAUGAGGCCACAGCCACCAAGAAGACCCAGCUGCUGCUGACAGCUAAUGUCGCUGCUUUACCUCCCACCAUUGACAGGAGCUACGAGGUCAAUAAGAUUGCACCCCACUUUGACUUCAUCAAUGUCAUGACCUAUGACUACCAUGGACACUGGGAUCUAGUCACAGGACACAACAGUCCUUUGUACCGCAGCAAUGUGGACUCUGGCUCAAAUGCUUAUCACAACAUUAACGCCUCCAUCUCCCACUGGCUGGCUAAUGGAAUGCCUGCUGACAAGCUGCUCCUGGGUCUGCCCACAUAUGGUCGAACCUUCCGCCUCACCAGCUCUGCCACUGGCCUGGGAGCACCAACAAAAGGACCUGCUGAUGCUGGCCCCUAUACCCGCACUGCUGGCUUCUGGUCCUACUACGAGGUCUGUAAUUUCAUCACCAGUGCUACUGUAGCAUGGAUCUCCGAACAACAGGUCCCUUAUGCCACGUUUGGCAAUGCCUGGGUGGGCUAUGAUAGCUUGGAGAGUAUUGCCGCCAAGGUCCAAUGGCUAAAUGCUAACAAUCUGGGUGGUGCACAUGUGUGGACCCUGGACAUGGACGAUUUUGGAGGCUCAUUUUGUAAAGAUGGGCAAUACCCCUUGGUCAGCUUCCUCAGGAACGCAAUGGGUUUCCCCCCUAAGCCUACCAUGCCACCAGCCCUGACCACUACCAAAAACCCCGUAACCUCCUUCUGCACUGGGCGUCCUGAUGGCCUUUAUGAGAACCCAGCGGACAAGACCACCUACUUCCACUGCUUCAAGGGGAAUACUUACCUGCAGCAAUGCCAGCCUGGCCUCAUUUACUGGGACUCCUGCAAGUGCUGCAACUGGCCCUGAGAGCCAUAGAUGGCUAUUUACAUAGAUUAUUGAGCUUACUGACUACUUCAGAGUACAAUACCUACAAUGAUGUGGCAACUUGUUUUGUAGAGUCGUAGCCAUUUUCUUAAGCUAAGUCAGGAAAAGAGUACCUCUUGGUUGCUUUUCUUUUUAAGAUUUGAGAAUGAAGUCUGCUUUUCAUACCCUUUUCAUAAAAGUCAGCAUUUGAUUGAAACCUUCUUGUUUUUCCAUACCCAUAAUCAUUAUAAUUCACAUAAAUAUCACAGCUCCAAACAAAGGUUAUUGGUUGAAUGUCCUUACUUUUGAGCACUCCAUAUAACACCUGAUCACAUAUUUGUCAGCAGUUGUCAAAUUAUUUUCAAGCAUUUUUGUUUUCACAGUGAGUUGAGAGAGUGUCCCGACCUCCAAAGUAAGGCUCACAGUUUUAAUUAUGGUACUUUGAUAAUGCUUUUAAAACUUCUAAAACAUUGCUUUAUUUAAAGGGACAAAAAGGGCUCACUUUUUUUAAGGUGAAAGCUCAGAAAUGUUAUUGUGAAAUGUGAUGUAACAUUGUUACAGCAGUCCUGGAAAAAUCUGUACAUUUGUUUUAUAACUUUAUUGUGAGGCUUAAAAUUAAAACAGACUUGGUAAA